CAGACAUGAGCUUGUCCUUACAAGGCAAAUCUCUUAUAAGGCAGAUACCAGAGAACGGCACUGACAGCUGCAGUGUUAACUGGCUCUGGGGGCCGCUCUGUUGGGGAGGUCACCUUGGCUCUGUGUAAACAGUCUUCUCUUUGACGUUGUAGCUCCCGCACGGAUCCUCACGUUCAGCGGGACAGUGACUACUCCGUGGAUGAAGGACAUUGUCUUGCCAUGUAAAGCUGUUGGAGACCCAUCACCUGCCGUAAAAUGGAUGAAAGAUAGUAACGGGACGCCCAGCCUGGUGACGAUUGACGGCCGCAGAAGCAUCUUCAGCAAUGGGAGUUUCGUCAUUCGCACGGUGAAGGCCGAGGACUCCGGCUACUACAGCUGUGUUGCCAAUAACAACUGGGGAUCAGAUGAGAUCAUAUUAAAUUUGCAAGUACAAGUUCCACCAGAUCAGCCUCGGCUCACCGUAUCCAAGACGACGUCCUCCUCCAUCACCCUUUCCUGGCUUCCUGGAGACAAUGGGGGCAGCUCCAUCAGAGGCUACAUCCUGCAAUAUUCCGAGGACAACAGUGAGCAGUGGGGGAGCUUUCCUAUCAGCCCCAGCGAGCGUUCCUACCGCUUGGAAAACCUAAAGUGUGGGACAUGGUAUAAAUUCACCCUUACUGCCCAAAAUGGAGUGGGACCAGGACGCAUAAGUGAAAUCAUAGAAGCCAAAACUCUGGGGAAAGAACCCCAGUUCUCCAAGGAGCAGGAGCUCUUCGCCAGCAUCAAUACCACCCGAGUGAGGCUGAAUCUGAUUGGCUGGAACGACGGCGGCUGUCCAAUCACCUCAUUCACUCUUGAGUACAGACCCUUCGGGACCACGGUCUGGACCACAGCUCAGCGGACCUCCCUUUCCAAGUCUUACAUUCUGUAUGACCUGCAAGAAGCCACAUGGUACGAGCUGCAGAUGCGAGUGUGCAACAGCGCCGGCUGCGCAGAGAAGCAAGCUAACUUCGCCACGCUGAACUACGAUGGCAGUACAAUCCCUCCACUCAUUAAGUCAGUUGUCCAAAGCGAAGAAGGGCUGACAACCAACGAAGGGCUCAAGAUCCUGGUGACCAUCUCCUGCAUCCUGGUCGGGGUUCUGCUGCUCUUUGUGCUUCUGCUGGUGGUGCGAAGGAGACGGCGGGAGCAGAGGCUGAAGAGGCUGAGAGAUGCAAAGAGUUUAGCUGAGAUGCUCAUGAGCAAGAACACACGGACUUCAGAUACCCUGAGCAAACAGCAACAGACUCUGAGGAUGCACAUUGAUAUACCCAGGGCUCAGCUUUUGAUUGAAGAGAGAGAUACAAUGGAGACCAUAGAUGACCGCUCCACAGUCCUGUUAACGGAUGCUGACUUUGGGGAGGCAGCCAAACAGAAGUCACUGACGGUGACUCACACGGUGCAUUACCAAUCGGUGUCUCAGGCCACCGGGCCCCUAGUGGAUGUCUCCGAUGCUCGGCCAGGAACGAAUCCCACCACCAGGAGGAAUGCAAAGGCUGGACCCACAGCAAGAAACCGGUACGCCAGCCAGUGGACCCUCAACAGACCCCACCCCACCAUCUCAGCACACACCCUCACCACAGACUGGAGACUGCCUACCCCCAGGGCUACAGGCUCCGUGGACAAGGAGAGUGACAGCUACAGCGUCAGCCCAUCACAAGACACAGACAGAGCAAGGAGCAGCAUGGUCUCCACAGAAAGUGCCUCCUCUACCUACGAAGAACUGGCCAGGGCCUACGAGCACGCCAAGAUGGAGGAGCAGCUGAGGCACGCCAAGUUCACCAUCACAGAGUGCUUCAUAUCCGACACGUCCUCCGAGCAGCUGACGGCAGGGACAAACGAGUACACGGACAGUCUGACCUCCAGUACCCCUUCAGAAUCGGGGAUCUGCAGAUUCACUGCGUCUCCCCCCAAACCUCAGGAUGGAGGGCGUGUGGUGAACAUGGCGGUUCCAAAGGCCCAUCGGCCAGUUCUAGAGACCAGAAGUUCAAAGUCAAGACACCAGCUGACACAUGUUCCUCUGAGGGCUCUAGGCGACCUCAUACACCUGCCUCCAUACCUGCGAAUGGACUUCUUGUUAAACCGGGGCGCACCAGGCACCAGCAGGGACCUGAGCUUAGGACAAGCGUGCUUGGAACCCCAGAAAAGUCGGACCCUGAAGCGCCCCACGGUCCUUGAGCCCACCCCUAUGGAGGCUUCCUCCUCCACCUCUUCCACGAGAGAAGGACAGCAAUCGUGGCAACAAGGGGCCGUGGCCACCUUACCUCAGCGAGAGGGUGCAGAGCUGGGACAGGCAGCUAAAAUGAGCAGCUCCCAGGAGUCGCUGCUGGACUCUCGGGGCCACUUGAAAGGAAACAAUCCCUACGCAAAAUCCUACACCUUGGUAUAACACAUGGCGCGGCUGGACAGCGGUUGUAAAUACAAUUUAAACGAUCCAAUCAAAGCUACCUUUUUUUUACGGAAUUCCAAUAUUUAUAAUUAAAGAAAAUUGCCAAAAUAUAUUAAAAAAAAAAAAAAGAAAGAAAAUACUGAAACCACAGACAGCGCAAAGACUACUCUGCUUUUUUUCCGUCUGAGUGUGGGCUCCAUCUGCCUGGGCAUCUGAGUUUUGGGGAAAGAAGUCCAGUUUUAUGAUUUUCACAGGCUAUAGCAUUUUUACCGAUUUUCUACAAAGUGCAUGGGGACUCAUUAAACCUUCUGAACAGAAGAAGUUCUAGCACACAAGAGUCAAAAAAGGAAAUGGGGGGAACUAGCCUACUUGUGAAUCGAGGAGGGACGUUGACAUGGGGGCAGGGGACAGCUUCCGUCACCUUGCACACCUUUCCUUCCCACUAGGGACCUGGCCCUCGGUUUGAUUUUUCUGUUGUUAAUUAGGAUGAGUGCUGUCAGUGAGGGGGUGGGGGUGGGAACCCAUUCAGUUUUCUUUUCUGUUUAUUUUUUAAUUUGACGCGACACUCUUUGCAUUUUGUCUAAGCGAAAUAAAAGAGAAAAGGUGGUCUGCCUUUAUUUGCAUGUCUGCUGAAACCUCCUAUCCAUUGCUCGGGCCUCCUUCCUGCUCAUACUGGUGUCUGUGAACAAAAUGGCUGGACCUGGUGCCCAAUCUAGGAAAAAAGAUGCUAAGUUCUGAAGAGCUCAGGUGCCGCUGGGAAGAGACAAGAAGAUACAACAUGAACUCCAUGGACGGAAACCAAACCAAAGGCAGCCUGGUCUCUGUCCAGUGUUCUAAGCCCUUCACAGGACUCGGGUCCUUGUCAGCUGCAGGACCUGCUCUCUAACUCGUUAGGGUCAGCAGACCAUUUCCAAAUCCAGCGCACUGAUCUUUGUCAAUAAAGUUUUAUUGGAAGAAGUCCAAAGGCCCUACGCUCCAUGUGCAUUAUCUGUGGUUGCUUUCAUGCUGUGAUGUCAAGUUGAGUGACAGUGUGUCACGCAAAGCCAGUAGUCUCUGGCUCUCCGCAGGAGAUGCUUGCACAACCCUGAAGUUGCUUUAGUCCUGACUUGUCUGAGAAAGGAACGGAUGCUGUGUCCCACCUUCCCUGCCCUGCCCUGCCUCCACUGUGACUGACAGAUUCACAGCAGACUAUCUUCAGAUGUGGUGCCUCCGAUCCUCUCCUUGGCACCCAGAGAAAAAUCCGGGUCUGUAUAUACCCAGUCUGUAUACCAGGGUGUUCCUCCAAAUCCCAGGUUUUUAUUUUCCUUUCUCUGUGUCUAAAUGCACUGGCAUGGGGCUCACUCAAACAUAGAGCCUACCAACAAACAAGAGGUACCAUGUUCUACAUCCCUUGGCUCUUCCACAGUGUGCCUUAGAAAUAACCUGCCAUCCUCUAAGGCAGAAAAACCCCAUUCCAGACACCUUCCUAAGAGGGAAGGAGAACCAGGCCUGUUACUUUAGUUUUGGCACUGACUGGAAAAAACUGAGCCCACGUCCAUAGCUCUCCGCUUCUGAUUAACGACACACACAAGUACCUCUUAAGACCUUCCCUAAGUGUCCCCAUGAAGGCCACCAGCCAGAACCCUGGUGUAGUCAUUACUAUCUAGAACUCACUCACAGCACUCCAUUCCCCACUUCCUGCCUCUUUUUCAUCCUUCCCUCCUCCUAUCGUCCAGUCAGACUUUAUGCCUCCUGAACUUCAGGUGCACAGAGCACAGGAAGGGCCAGUACAAGACUCCGUCACAGCCUCGAAACGGCUCUGACCUUAGGGUUAUGUGACAGUGAGGUGUGUGUUGCCUGCCAUGGUUUCAGAGCACAAUUUAUUCUUGACGUCCUCAUGGACGCAGAAGGAUCAAGUUGCGACUUUCUAGAGACAGAAAAACCGUAGCCUUCACGGGUCUGAAAGUUGUAGAGCUCCCACACUUGGAAGUUUAUUCUUUUUAAGUUUUUUUUUUUCUCCCAAGAUGUACAAAACAAUAAAAGAUUUGAUGUGUUUGCCUCUGCAA